AUGUCACAACCGGAACAAACUACCAGUAGGAUUUACGACAAGGAUAUGUCGACUUCGAAGAAUAGCUCAACUUUGAGAUUAAAUCAAGAGGGUGCUGUGGGUCAGGAACGUGAUUGGAUGGAUCAUGAUACCGAUUCUGAGAUCAGUGAGCACGAUUUUCUUACCAAGGGUGCGUUUCUUCUUACACCGAGCCAUGAGCUAACUGUGGAAAAAGCUGCUACCAUUUGCGACAAGAUGAAUUUCCGAGGCGCUUUCUCGUUAACCAAAACCGCUACUGGAAUUCUAUUCAAAUUCAGCAACAUCGAUGACUUCCAGGCGGUGUACAAAAAAGGUUUUCACAAAGUUACCGGGGCAAGAUUCUAUAAAAAAGUUGCUAUCCCUUGCCGACCUGCUAAAAUAUUCACUGUAUAUGUUCUUGAUGUACCCGAAGAACUCCCUGAGGAUGAUAUAAGACAUGCGCUCUAUAAAUAUCGGUCUAUUGUUGAGGUCACCAGGUUACCACUCAAUACAGCAACUGUUUUGAAGGCUAUUAACGACAAACUGAAGAGCGAGACACAAAACAGUAAUGAACCACCAGUUAUUUAUACCGGGCCGCCAGUAAUUCGUGUUACGCUGGCGAGUGUUGAAGAGACAUCAAUGUUAUUAAGUCGCGGUCUUGAUUUCUAUGGGGCGACAUUUUUUCCAACAGAGACACCGCAUCCAAUAAGCGCCAAUUUGGCCAAGUAUAAAAACAACAGAUGGCUGGAAUUAGCUUCAUUGGGCGCUGGUCAACGUGUCCGAGAUCUACUUCCAGUUUUCGAUAAUGCAGGAUUCACUAAAUUGCCACCACCAGCAUGUCGUGUUAUAAAACCACAAAGAAAUUGA